AUCGUCUUUAUGUGUGUAAACGUUUUGUGUUUGGGAAAGAACAUAUAUAAAUCGCGAGUAAUUAGUUAUGUUAAUUUAUAAUUACUCCAUUAAAAUAUAAAUGUAACCUUAAGUUUGUAGUGUUUGUGAUUUUUAUGAACUAGUUAAAAGUGCUAAUCAAAUCAAUGACGAAGCUACUCAGUGACAAGCGCUACGAAGUUUAGCCCCUGUACUGAUUUCUUGAGUGUUGAAUGACUAUACCGGAGUAAACAGAAGGUGAAUCAUUGCUAAUACCGAGGAUUCCUUGAAUCUAAUAGUUUCUCUUGGAUUCCAAAUCUCCGGCAUCGUAAAAGCCUACACUGGCGCAACAUUUGAAUGCACAUUGUGACGUAACACCGUAAACAAUAGUGUUAUGGAGCGGGCGUGAGUCGAGAUGUGGCCGAAGGUUGUGGCGGUCUUGGGGCUCGUGGCGGUGGCCAGCGCCAUCCUUGAGGGCCCCAAUGUCUGCAUGAGAAAUGAACCAUAUACAACCAAAGUGCGCGUAACCGAACAACAACCCUACCAAGAGAAAGAAUACUCCUGGUGCUUCAACGUUCCACCACGAUGUUCCAAAUACCGAGUGAAGUUCCGAACAGUCUACAAGACACAGAUCCUUGUGAAAUACCGGCCGGUUGAGGAAUGUUGUGCUGGGUUCGCGCCGGACACGAAAGGGGAGCAAUGCGUACCUGUGUGCGUGGAUAAGUGCGUGCAGGGGAAGUGUGUCGCGCCGAAUACGUGCGCGUGCGACCAUGGGUACGGGGGACCGGCUUGCGAUAUAUCCUGCCCAAAAGGCAAAUGGGGCCGCAACUGCCAGAACUCGUGCCAAUGCCUGAACGGCGGUACCUGCGAGCCUUUAACUGGCGAAUGUGCCUGCGCGUCGGGUUGGCGAGGCGAGGCCUGCGAGAAGGCCUGUGCGGCGCCGACGUUUGGCGACAACUGUAUAGAGACGUGUCAAUGCAAGAAUGGUACUUGUGAUGCCGCGAGCGGGGCGUGCGAGUGUGUACCAGGCUUUACGGGACCGCUGUGCGAGGAACGCUGUCCAGCACAAGUGGCCUGCCCUCAAGGCUGCCGAUGCCAAAAUGGCGGAAAAUGUCAUCCACUCUCAGGAGAAUGCGACUGCGCGCCCGGCUGGAGUGGCGAGGUCUGCGCUAACAGAUGUCCAUCUGGCAAAUGGGGAGAGAAGUGCGAGCGGAGCUGCGAGUGCGCCAACGGCGCGAGUUGUCACCACGUCACCGGACACUGUCACUGCGAGGCCGGCUACACUGGCGAAAAGUGCAUGGAGACCUGCAAGCCCGGCACGUACGGCGUCGACUGCAACAGAACAUGCGAAUGUCUGCACGGCGGCGAGUGUUCGCCAAAAGACGGCUCGUGCACUUGUAAACCUGGUUGGAAGGGCGCACAUUGUGAACUGCGCGCUUGCCCUGACGGCAAGUACGGGAAGAUGUGCGACAAGGACUGCGAGUGUGAACCGGCUAAUACAGACCUAUGUGACCCGUGGACCGGCGCGUGCGACUGUGCAGCCGGGUGGGACGGCGAGACCUGCUCGCGGCAGUGCGCGCUCCUAACGUUCGGCAAAGGUUGCCGCUCCAGCUGCCGAUGCGAGAACAGCGGUCUCUGCUCACCUGUCAACGGUUCAUGUCUCUGUGCGCCCGGCUACCACGGCAUUCGUUGCCAGGAACUCUGCCAGUUCCCCUACUACGGCGACAACUGUCGCGACACAUGCGACUGCGCCAACAACGCCACGUGCUCCCACGAGACCGGCCAGUGCAAGUGUCCGCCCGGGUAUGACGGAUUGAAAUGUGACCGUCCAUGCGACGGGAAGAAAUACGGAUUGAAGUGCCUGCAAGAGUGCCAAUGUGAGAACAACGCGCCCUGCAACCCCGUCAACGGCGAAUGUAUCUGCGGGCCGGGCUACACAGGCGAGAAGUGCGAACACACUUGUCCACCACACUACUUCGGUCAAGACUGCCGGUCGCCCUGCAACUGUGGGGAUAACGCCCGUGGCUGCGACCACGUUACCGGACGAUGCCAGUGCGAGACUAGUUGGCGAGGUAUCCGUUGCGAGACGCAAUGCGAGCAAGGUUUCUUCGGCGACGGCUGCUCAGAGCGAUGUCCUUGCGUCAACAACUCCUCCUGCGAUGCCGACACGGGCCGGUGUGAAUGCUCUGCUGGCUGGACUGGAGUUAACUGCACACAGCCAUGUUCUCCUGGUACCUACGGAGCUGGCUGCUCGCAACGAUGCGCGCCUGGGCCGCCUGGUAACACAACAUGUGACCCAGUGACAGGCGUGUACGCUUGUCCCAGCGGGUACACGGGUGCGGCUUGCGAAUACCCGUGUCCACUCGGGACUUUUGGCCUCAACUGUCAGGAGAAAUGCGCUUGCAAGAACGGUGCCGACUGUCACCAUGUCACUGGGGCGUGCCAGUGCCCGCCGGGCUGGCGCGGGCGGGUGUGCGACGAGGCGUGCCCGGCGGGCUGGUGGGGCGGCGACUGCUCGCAGCCGUGCCGCUGCGCCGCCGCCGCCGCCUGCCGCCCCAACGACGGCUACUGCCGCUGCCCGCCCGGCUACACCGGCGCCUACUGCACGCAGUUUUGCCCCGAAGGCUACUUCGGCGACCACUGCAUGGAGCCCUGCAUGUGUCCCGAGGGCAACUGGGACUGCCACCCGGUGCGCGGCUGCGUGUGCCGCCGCGGCUUCAUCGGCGACAGCUGCGACACGCACGCCUCGGACGCCAUAGUGGUCGACAAGGCCGAGGGAGGCAGCAACGCUGGCCUAACAGCGACGAUGGUCAUCCUACUGUUACUAUGCUUGGCCGCCGCAGCCCUCAUGCUGUUCUACUACCGCAAACGAGUCAAGAACCUCAAGCGGGAAAUAGCUCACGUCCACUACACCGCAGAUCCCGCCACGCAACCUGAGCAACACUUCGAUAAUCCUGUCUACUCGUACCAAGGCUCGACUCGCAGCGAUGAGACUACGCUCUUGAACAACGCCAACCACAUCCACAACAACCUCAGCAAGCUCAGCAACACCACUAUGGAGAAACUACGGAACAGACCCACUGGGUCUACUGAUCCGUAUGACCCGCUGUCGUGCCUCAAGAAUAAGGACGCGGACCUGACCAAUCCGAACCUGUACCACUGUAUCGAUGACAAUAAGCUGGACCACGUGUACGAUGAGAUCAAACACAAAGAGGGCUACGAAAUGGAAUACGACCACCUAAACUACACGCCACCGGCCAACAAAUGGAAGCCGCACUACCAGCGGAUGGCCAACGGCUUCACUCCUUCCCCCUCGGCCACGUCCAGCGCCACUCCGAGCGAGGUAUCCGUCCCGCCCAUCCCGCCGCUACCGAAACUCAACGUCGCCCACGUGUCCCCCGUGGCGCGCGCCCCCGCGGCCCCCGCGGCCCCCGCGGCCCCCGCGGCCCCCGCGGCCCCCGCGGCCCCC